CCGACGCGCGGGCUCCACGGUCUCCCUCGCUCCUGGCAUGCUCCCCGCUAUAUAAACGACACCACGCAAUGCCUGCACCGGUGUACCCACGUCCUUCAUCGUCGUCCCCUCAUCUAUCGGAAACUCUCUCUCUGCACCUAAUCGAGCGGCAACAGAAACACACAGUCGUCUGCGGGAGGAAAUCAUCCAAUCAAUCAGCCAUGCAGGAAGCUCUGGUCUCUCCGGCAGCCAACGCCGACCGCCUCCGGUCGGCGUUCGAGCUGAAGGCGUACGCCUUCGGGGACCAGCGGCUCUCCUCCUACCUCCCGGCCAGCGGCGGCGACGACGCACUGGCCCUGUACCGCUGCACGUCCCCCUUCAGCCCCAGCCUGGGCUUCUCAUCCCCGUCGCCGCUCGCCACCUCCGUCUCGCUCUCGCCGUCCUCCUCCGCCUCCCUCGUCGACGACGACGGCGACUACUCGGCCGCCGACGCCACGGGCCACCGGCUCCAGCUCGCGCGGCUCGCGCUGCAGUGCCAGGAGGUGGCCGGCCGCUACGAGCUCUGCCUCUCCCACCUCGCCGAGGCCGUCGACGAGGCCGCCGCGCUCCGCCGCGAGAACGCCGAGCUCCGCGCCGCCAACACCGACCUCGUGCACCGCCUCGCGCUGCUCGGCGGGAAGCAGACUGCCGCAAUCGCCAUCGCUGACGAUCUCCGCCGGUUCCGCGGCGAUCACAAGGUUGCUGUGGCCGAGCGCAGCCCCGAGACCACGAAGCUCGCCAGCAUGCUCCCCAAGAGCAUCUCCGUCCGUUCCAACGGCUACCUCAAGAUGAACCAGCAGCAGCCUGCCCCGGCGGCACCAGCCGCCUACAACCGCAAGCCCCGAACGUCGACCCCGACCAACCCGAGCCCGCAGCGCGCGUACGUGGGCGCGGACGGCGGCGGCAAGAAAGGGGGCGAGGAGCAGAAGCAGCAGCUGCAGGACAAGGAGGAGCAGGAGGCGGCGGCGGAGCUGGACGUGUACAACCAGGGCAUGUUCAAGACGGAGCUGUGCAACAAGUGGGAGGAGACGGGGGCGUGCCCCUACGGCGACCAGUGCCAGUUCGCGCACGGCGUCGCCGAGCUCCGCCCCGUCAUCCGCCACCCGCGCUACAAGACCGAGGUCUGCCGCAUGGUGCUCAACGGCCAGGUCUGCCCCUACGGCCACCGCUGCCACUUCCGCCACUCGCUCACGCCCGCCGAGCGCCUCCUCCGCCGUCCUUGAGAAAGAGCCUUUUACACCGCCUGCCGAGACAACCGUUGUGUCGUACUCUGUCUCGAGUCAAACACGAGAAGUUGUACAAAAGUACGAACGGCGUAAAUAAUACAAUACCCCCUAUAUAAGCACAUAUAAGUAAUAUAAAAACAUAAAGAUAACAGAACAGUAGAGUUAGUGCACGCGACAUGUGAAUAUUAUACAGAGGAAAAAUAGCCGUCUCGUCAGCACCGGGCUCCCAGGCAGGGGCUUUUUCAGCACUUCAAAUUGUUCAUAUGUAUGUACGUUUACGGUCUUUUGGCUGGUCUAGGUGAAAUUUUGUUUCCCGUUUCGAGGGAACAUGUGAAGAUCGACAUGAUACAAUAAGGUCAGUGACUGUGUAGAUUGGGGAUCUGGGAAGUGCUUCGAAGUUCAGCUGAACUUCGGGACGGCGGCCAUUUUGUUUGUUGAUGAGCAGUAGAUCUUGUAUAGCAGCUCUAUGCUUUCUUCGGAGUUCAGACUACCUUGCUGCUCUUGCAAUUUUCCUUUGUAAUGUCGGUGAUUUUUGCAGUAUAUACGUUGGCAUGUUUCUCCUUUUGUCACCCAAAACUCUGUUCUCUGUAAACCUUAAUUAUUGAUGAAUGAACAAGUGUUUAGUCUGCUU